GGAUAAGUUGUCAUUAGGUAUCGUUAAAUUAAUUAUCGUCGAAAUUAAUUAAAUCUCAAUGGCUCAAAUGCAGCAACUGCCAAAUUGUAUCUUUUGUAAAAUUAUUAGAAACGAGGAAUCUGGUGAAAAAAUUUACGAGGAUGAGGAUGUCACAUGCAUUAAAGACAUUAAUCCAGUGUCUACACAUCAUUAUUUGAUAAUACCGAAUAAACAUAUACGCAAUGCAAAAACACUUCAACCUGAAGAUUCUGAACUUUUCAACAAGAUUGUUGCUACAGUAGACAUUAUCUCCGAAAAGAUGAAUCUUGAUCCUGCAUCCACGCGAACAGGGUUUCAUUGGCCACCAUUUAAUACCGUUCAUCAUUUACAUUUACAUGUUAUUUCGCCAAUAGAGAAAAUGAGUGGCAUAAGAAAGCUGAUGUUUCCCAAUCCCAAUAACUAUUGGUUUGUGAGCACAGACUAUGUGAAAUCUCGCUUAGAAAAUAGUAAAAAUAGAACAUUAUAGUUUUACUUUGUUAUUUGCCUUCUUGGUGAAUUAGAUAUUAAAAUUUUGUGCAAUUUAUCACGGAACGUUGGAUGGUGAU